AUGUCAAAUCAUAGAAUUCCAGCACCACUUAUACGUCGACCCUUGCCAUUAUUAAACAUGCGAUUUAACCCAGAUAACACCGGCGAUUCGCCAAGAAGUACCCCCACACUUAGAGAAAUUAGAUCAAUUGUUUCAAAAAUCACAAACUACGCAGAUGUACACACAGAUACCUUAACAAGAUUUUCAAACUUUUUGACAAACCCUGACAUGUCUUUAACUGAAGGGUGGAAUUACAAUUUAAUUAUUCGUAAACUUGCAACCUUAAUGACAAGAAGGACACCACCUCCUCAAUUAUCAGAUUUAUCAGCUUAUAGUGCAGAAAUCGACAUUGUGACCCUACAAGCAAUAUUUGAAAUAGCAGAUUCUGACAAUUCUAACAUAAAACGGAUAACAAUGGCUUGUAGAUGUAUGUGUAAUUUAACAACUCUGUUGGAUAAUAAUGCUGAAAAACAUAUUGGUAAUGCGGUGAGAGAAGUUGCCAUUCCAAAUUUAUGUCAAUUAAUUAAAGAGACACCCUUAUCAAAUGAUUUGGAUUAUUUAAAUGAUAUCAUAGCGGCUUUAGUGCAAUUUUCUAUACCAAAUAGAGUUAAUUGUGUCGAGUUGAUUUUAAAAUCAGAUAUCAUUCAACAUAUAAUGCAAAAUAUAUUUCCAUUCAUGUCUGACAGUGACCGAGCAUUACCAAUUUGGUUGAUGGCAAAUUGUUGCAGAAACUCUAGAAAUCUUCCCAAGAAUAGUGUUGAUAUGUUAAAAGAUUUAACUAUAAAUAAUCAAGAGCUCAUGGCAAUAUUUUUAAAUAAUGAAAAAGACGUUGUUUUACAUCAAGCUAGUAUUUGUAUAACUUAUAUGAUUAAUCAUGAUUUUGAGGAAAAUAUGCCUAAAAUUACUGUGAUAGCUACUAAAUUACCUGAAAUAAUGAAAAAAAUUUUUGAUAAUGGAAUUUCCAAGGCUAUAUUUAUGUCAAUAAUCAAUAAGGAUGUUAAUGAAAUCAUUGGUGGAGACGGAGAUCAAAUUUCAUCAAGUGAGAUAGUUGAAAAAGUUGAAAAUUUUAUUGGAGAAAAUUUUUGUUAUUAUAAUCACGAUGACAAUUUUUAUUCUGCAAUUUUCGGGUUACUAUUGAAUUUGUUUCCUGAAUAUAAGCAUGAACCUUAUGAAAAACCUCCGCAUCCAUUUGGUAUUAAUGUAACUGAAUUUAUAAAUCCUGACCUUUUAAAAUCUCAAACAUCAAUACCAACACCCGAAGAUUUUACACAAUCAACCGACGAGAAGAAUUUAUUAGAAGUUGAAUCAUCAUUUAAAACAAUUAAAGUUGGUCCUCAAACCGAUUAUAAACAAAAAAAAGUGGACGAGACUUUAAAUUCGAUGAUGGUAGAUUCUAUAACAGAAACAUCAUCAUCUUAUGUUGAAGAUACAACUAGUAUCGAGGAUACAUAUAGUGAAACUAUUAUAGACCCAGUAAAUGAUGAUGAAAAAGAAACCAUUGAUCAAUUCGGUGACUACUGGGCAAAUUGCAAACUUCAAGAUGAUAAAUUUAUUAAAGCACAAAACCUAUUUGCUGCAUCAUUAUUACCAAUACUAUUAAAGUGUUUUAGUAACACAUCAGACGUGCAAUUGCGCAUUAAACUUUCCAUAUUGAUUUAUUCUUUUGUAAAAUAUAUAAAGCCUGAUAUAAUGAUUGAGGUGUUAUUGAAAUCUGAUUUACCUACAAAAUUGGCAUUGAUGUGUUCAAAUCAUAAUUCAAUACAUCCAAAAUAUGAAAUACCAACAAAGGAUAUUGAAGAAUGGGUCAAAGAAUGGGAAAAAAAGGAUUUCCUAAAUUACUUUAAGUUUACAGAUAAACGAGGUCUUCUUACAAAAGAUAUGCAAAGAUCCGUAAAAAUCCAGAGAUUAAUAAUAUAUUACAAGUAUUAUAAAAAGCAGGAGGAUUUCAGUGAACAAAAUAUUACCGAAAAGAUGUUGGAAAACUAUCAAUUAGGAAAGAUAAAGAUCAAAAAAAAUAAUUUUACAAGGGAAAAUAAUCUUAUUCAAGAGAUUGGGUUUAGGAUUUAUGAUCAUUGCAUGGAGUUUUUUGAAGAAGAACACCCAGGUAUAUUAACUGCUUUUGAUCAGGGGUUUACUUUUCAGGAAGUGGAAUAUACAACACGACAAUUAUAUCAUGAAUUAUAUUUUUCCACAAAAAAAAAAGAAUCCAAUUAA